GCUCGCUCGCAAAGGUGCCGAGACCACCGCGGCAACCCCAUCCCACAGCUGGCUGCCCCACCGGACCAUGGCAUGGGCACAGGGGGACCUGACGUCCUCGCUCUCCAUCGUCAUUGCCUUGGCUGCCUGCCUGUCCGCCACCACCAGCGAAGUGAACUUGCUUGACACUUCAACGAUGCCAGGGGACUGGGGCUGGCUGACCUAUCCCUCACAUGGGUGGGAUUCCAUCAAUGAAAUGGAUGAGUUUUUCAGCCCUAUCCACACCUACCAGGUCUGUAACGUCAUGACCCCCAACCAGAACAACUGGCUACGAACCAACUGGGUUCAGCGGGACGGUGCACGGCGGGUCUACGCCGAGAUCAAAUUCACGCUGCGGGACUGUAACAGCAUGCCAGGUGUGCUGGGCACCUGCAAGGAAACUUUCAACCUCUACUACCUGGAAUCCGACCGUGACCUGGGUACCAGCACCCGUGAGAGCCAGUUUAUGAAGAUUGACACCAUUGCGGCCGAUGAGAGCUUCACCAAUGUGGACCUGGGAGUCAGACGCCUGAAACUGAACACAGAAGUGCGGGGCGUGGGGCCCUUGAGCAAGAGGGGUUUCUACUUGGCCUUCCAGGACAUAGGUGCUUGCAUCGCCAUUGUUUCAGUGCGGGUGUACUACAAGAAGUGCCCGGCAAUGGUGAGGAAUUUGGCGUCCUUCUCCGAGGCUGUGACUGGGGCGGACUCAUCCUCCUUGGUGGAAGUGCGGGGAGAGUGUGUGGGCCAUUCAGAGGAGAGGGACACCCCCAAAAUGUACUGCAGUGCAGAGGGAGAAUGGUUGGUACCCAUCGGGAAAUGCGUGUGCAGUGCUGGCUAUGAAGAGCAGCGGGAUUCCUGCAUGGCAUGCCAACUGGGCUUCUACAAGUCGGACCCCGGGGACCAGCUCUGUGCCAAGUGCCCCCCGCACAGCCAUUCGGAGAGCCGGGCCGCCCGUGUGUGCCGCUGCGACAGCAGCUUUUACCGGGCAGUGCAGGACCCCCCCUCAGCUGCCUGCACACGCCCCCCCUCUGCUCCGGUGAACCUGGUCUCCAGUGUCAAUGGCACCUCGGUGACCCUGGAGUGGGGCCCUCCCUUGGACAAGGGGGGACGCAGUGACGUGGUGUACAACGUGCAGUGCCGGCGCUGUGGGACAGAUACGGGGCAAUGCGAGGCAUGUGGAGGUGGGAUCCGCUUCGUCCCCCAGCAGAUGAGCCUGGUGCAGGGAGCGCUGACUGUCACCAACCUCCUGGCCCACACCAACUACUCCUUCUGGGUGGAGGCCGUCAAUGGGGUGUCAGAGCUCAGUGUGGAGGCCAGGAGAGCUGCCGUGGCCAACAUCACAACAAACCAGGCAGCCCCUUCGCAGGUGGUAGCCGUCCGCCACGAGAGCACGGGCCAGAACAGCGUCACUUUGCUGUGGCAGGAGCCGGACCAGCCCAACGGCAUCAUCCUGGAGUACGAGAUCAAGUACUACGAGAAGGACAAGGAAAUGCAGAGCUAUUCGACCCUGAAAUCCAAGGGCACUGCUGCAACCAUCUCUGGGCUCAAGCCUGCCACCCGGUACAUCUUCCAAGUUCGGGCCCGUACCUCUGCGGGAUGUGGGAGGUUCAGCCAGACCGUAGAGGUGGAAACGGGGAAACCGGUCUCCCUCCGCUAUGACACGAUGACCAUUGUCUGGAUCUGCUUGACACUCAUCACUGGCCUCGUUGCGUUGCUGGUGGUCUUAAUCUGCAAGAAGAGGCACUGCGGGUACAGCAAAGCGUUCCAGGACUCCGAUGAGGAGAAGAUGCAUUAUCAGAAUGGGCAAGUGAAGUUCCCCGAGUCAAAGUUCUACGUGGAUCCCCACACGUACGAAGACCCCUGCCAAGCCGUGCAUGAGUUCACCCGUGAAAUUGAAGCUUCCCGGAUCAAGAUCGAGAAGGUCAUUGGGUCUGGGGAGUCUGGAGAGGUGUGCUACGGCCGCCUGAAGCUGCCGGGGAAGAGGGAGAUCCCCGUGGCCAUCAAGGCUCUGAAGGCGGGCUACACUGAAAAGCAGAGACGUGACUUCCUGAGCGAAGCCAGCAUCAUGGCACAGUUUGACCACCCCAACGUCAUCCACCUGGAGGGAGUGGUGACCAGGAGCAAAUUGGUCAUGAUUGUUACUGAGUACAUGGAGAACGGCUCGCUAGACACUUUUCUCAGGAAGCACGAUGGGCAGUUCACCAUCAUCCAGCUGGUGGGCAUGUUGCGUGGCAUCGGGGCGGGCAUGAGGUACCUGUCUGACCUGGGCUACGUGCACCGGGACCUGGCUGCCCGCAACAUCCUGGUGAACAGCAACCUGGUCUGCAAGGUGUCCGACUUCGGCCUCUCCCGCAUCCUCGAGGAUGACCCUGAUGCUGCGUACACCACUACGGGGGGCAAGAUCCCCAUUCGCUGGACAGCACCAGAGGCCAUCGCAUACCGCAAGUUCUCCUCUGCCAGCGAUGUGUGGAGUUACGGCAUCGUCAUGUGGGAGGUGCUGGCCUACGGCGAGCGUCCAUACUGGAACAUGACCAACCGAGAUGUCAUUAACUCAGUGGAGGAAGGCUAUCGCCUGCCGGCCCCGAUGGGCUGCCCCACAGCCCUGCACCAGCUCAUGCUGGACUGCUGGCAGAAGGACCGCAGCGAGAGGCCCCGCUUCUCCCAGAUCGUCGGCAUCCUGGACAAGCUCAUCCGCAACCCCGACAACCUGAAGUGCACUGCCACCGUGAACCGGUUCACCCAGACGCCCUUUAACAGGACUCUCCUCGACUUCUCCUCCUGCCUGACUGUGGAGGACUGGCUGGACUCCAUCCGGCUGGGGCACUACCGGGACAACUUUGCCAUGGCAGGGUACUCCUCCCUGGGCAUGGUGAUGAGCAUGAACAUCGAGGAUGUUCGGAGUCUGGGCAUCACCAUGAUGGGCCACCAGAAGAAGAUCUUGAGCAGCAUCCAGGCCAUGCGCUCCCAGCUGCUGAACACAAACGGCCCCAGGAGGCACCUCUGAUCACCAGCUCUGCAGACCCACACCAAACAUUC